AUGACGAUCGCCGAGCUCCUAGUCCCGCCUUCGAUGUCGCUCCCCCUGACGCGUCUCUUCACAUCGAGUUGUCCAAAGACGAGCCCACCUAGUAUUCGACCUUACCCUACCCGACUCUUCAGACCAGAGACGCGUUUCUCGCCACCGAUGCUCUGAUCAACGCACGCAAAAAUGGAUAUCGACCUUUGGCCGUCGGCCCGUCGCGUCGACAAGCAGUACGGAGCGCUAGCACAACGCUAUCGUCAUUUCGGAUCGCUUGACGGAGUUGUAACCACUGCCACGCCUUUGGAGAUCAGAUCCCUGAUCUGCUUUGACCUCGGGCGUGGCAUGCAGCUGCGAUCAAACUGCUUACGGAGAAGAACCGCUGUCCAUAGGAGCUUCGCCUCAUCGAGCAAGCAUGCUAUUCCACUCACCUCAUUGAUGGCACCAUGCCGUUUCGCAUGAUUGAUGGUCGACAGGUCAUCGAGUCAUUAGGCCCUCCAACGACUACAUAUUGUCCCACAAGGACCUUACCUCAUGUUACCCCGACGAGCGCAUAA